CUUGCUGAGGUUCCUCUGUCCCCACUGACUGAUCAAUAUGGGGAUAAUGGGUCCAGUCCUCUGGAUCCUGAGCACUUUGACGGUUACCUGCUUGGCAAAUAUGCUCCCACGAGGAAUGAACCCUGCACACAAUGACCAAGUCUGCAGCACCUGGGGGAAUCACCACUUCAAGACCUUUGAUGGAGACAUCUUUCAGUUCCCGGGCACCUGCAAUUACAUCUUUGCCUCCCACUGCAUGACUAACUACGAGGAAUUCAACGUUCAGAUCCGCCGCGCAACUUCUGCAGAGAGGCCUACUAUUUCCUAUGUGACUAUGAAGAUAGAAGGUCUAGUUAUUGAACUGACGAAAGGACAAGUCCUUGUAGGAGGGGAAAGGGUUACUCUGCCAUACAAUCAGCUUGGGGUACAUAUACAGAUCAGUAGCAUCUAUGUGAAGGUGGCAGCUAAGUUGGGACUGGUCCUCUUUUGGAAUGAAGAUGAUGCUUUAUCACUGCAACUGCAGCCCAAAUACAUUAAUAGCACAUGUGGCUUGUGUGGGAAUAUGAAUCAGGUGAAGCAGGAUGAAUUUAAGGCUAAUGGCAUUGAGCUGUCACCUCUACAGUAUGGAAACCUUCAAAAACUGGAUGGACCCACAGAGCAAUGUGAACAUAUUACACCAUCUCCACCUAAAAACUGCAGUGACCUGAGAGAAGCCUGUUUCCGCAUGCUGUCCAAUCCCGCAUUUGCUGAUUGUGAGCUGCGUAUCCCAGUGGAUCCAUAUGUAGAAUCCUGUGUGAUGGAUCUGUGCAACUGCCAGAACUCCUCUGAUGUCACUUGUCUAUGUGAUACCUUGGCUGAGUACUCCCGACAGUGUGGCCAUGCUGGUGGGAAGCCCCAAAAUUGGAGAUCCCAUCUAAUAUGUCAGAGAUCCUGUCCCAUGAACAUGACAUAUGAAGAAUGUGGCUCACCCUGUGCAGAUACUUGCUCCAAUUCAGAUCGGAAAACCACCUGUGCUGAUCACUGUAUAGAUGGCUGCUUCUGUCCUCCAGGAACUGUAUUCGAUGAUAUGGACAACAGAGGUUGCGUUCCCCUCAGUGAAUGUUCCUGUACCUAUAACAAUAAGAAUUAUGCUGUUGGAGAAUCCUACAGUACCAACUGCCGCAACUGCACCUGCGUUGGAGGACAGUGGAGUUGUCAGGCUUUGCCAUGUCCUGGUUAUUGUUCUCUUCAAGGAGGAUCUCACAUCUACACCUAUGAUGGAAGCCACUACAAUUUCCAUGGAGACUGCAGUUAUGUCUUUACUAAGGACUGUGCCGAAAGCAUGUUCACAGUGCUGGCGGAAAUACUUAUUUGUGGUGUGACCGAUACUGAGACUUGUCUGAAGAGCAUCACUUUAUCCCUGGACAAAGGACAAACUGUUGUCACAGUAAAGUCUUCAGGAACUGUGUUGAUAAAUGGAAUCUAUGCUCAGAUCCCUCUGACUACAGAAAAUCUUACCGUCUUCCAAGCAUCUUCUUUCUACCUGAUCAUUCAGAGCUUUAGUGGACUGCAAAUUCAAGUUCAGCUUAACCCAGUUAUGCAGCUGUAUGUGAACCUGGACCCUAAAUACCAAGGAAGCACAUGCGGUCUUUGCGGAGACUUUAACAAUGUCCGUAAAGAUGAUUUCCGUUCUCUGAGUGGAGCUGUGGAGGGCACCGCCGCUGCUUUUGCUAACACGUGGAAAAGUCAAGCGGAAUGCGACAAUGUAAAAGACAGCUAUGGCAACCCAUGUGCACUAAGUGUAGAGAACGAGAGGUAUGCCCAGUACUGGUGCUCAAUGCUCACGGAUGCCAAUGGACCCUUUGCCCCUUGCCACUCCGUUGUGAAUCCCACUCUCUAUGAAAAGAACUGUAUGUACGAUAGCUGUAACUAUGAGAGGAGUGAGGACAGUGUAUGUGCAGCACUUUCAUACUAUGUCCAUGCUUGUGCCGUCGAAGGAAUAACUCUGAAUGGAUGGAGAACAACUGUCUGCGGCAAAUAUACAAAGAGUUGUAAAAAGAACACUACCUAUAAAUACUCCAUAAGCACCUGCCAGACAACUUGCCGUUCCCUUAGUGAGCCUGACCCCACCUGCAGUGUCAGUUUCCCUCCAGUGGAUGGCUGUGGAUGUCCAGAUGAUACAUUUUUGGAUGAGAGUGGUUCCUGUGUACCAGCCAAAAAAUGUCCUUGUUACUACAAGGGCUCUCCAAUGCCAGCAGGAGAAGUCAUUUAUGAUAAUGGUGCCAUGUGCACAUGCCAGAGUGGUAGACUGCGAUGUGCUGGGAAAACCGCAGGUCUUGCAGAGUGCCCUGAAAACAUGGUGAAUUUUGAUUGCGCAAAUGCUUCUAUGGGUGCCAGAGGGGCAGAGUGUCAGAAGACUUGCCAUACCCUCGACAUGGACUGUAUCAGUAUCCAGUGUGCUUCUGGCUGCAUUUGUCCUGAUGGUCUUGUGCUCAAUAACAAUGGCAGCUGUGUGCCUGAGGAGCAAUGCCCUUGCAUGCACAAUGGUGAAAUGUAUCACAGUGGAGAGACUAUUCAGCAAGACUGCAAUACUUGCAUUUGUAAAGAUCGGAAGUGGAUUUGCACGAAGAAAGCAUGUGACAGGUCCUGUGUUGUGUAUGGCGAAGGCCAUUAUAAAACCUUUGAUGGCAAGCGGUUUGAUUUCAGUGGAGACUGUGAAUAUACACUGACUCAGGACUAUUGUUCUUCAAACACAGGAAAUGGGUCUUUCCGAGUCAUUACCGAGAAUAUCCCAUGUGGCAGCACUGGUGCAACUUGCUCUAAGUCUAUCAAAGUAUUCCUUGGGCAUUUUGAGCUAAAACUGAGUGAUGGAGGCUUUGACGUCAUUGAAAGAGACAUCGGCAGUGAAGUCCCAUAUCAGAUUAGACAAAUGGGCAUCUACUUUGUGAUCGAAGCUAAGAAUGGAUUGAUUCUCAUGUGGGACAAAAAGACUAGCAUCUUCAUCAAGCUGAGCGCUGAAUUUGAAGGAAAUGUCUGUGGUCUUUGCGGCAAUUAUGAUGGAAGUGUGUACAAUGAGUUUACAACAAGAAGCCAGUCCGUGGUAGUCAAUGUUCAAGAAUUUGGAAACAGCUGGAAAGACUCUCCAACCUGUCCUGAUGCCCAGCCUCUUAGACACCCUUGUCUUGCUAACCCAUACAGACAGAGCUGGGCUCAGAAACACUGCAGCAUUAUUAUAAGUUCUGUCUUCGCCAAGUGUCAGUCUAAAGUUGAUCCAGCUCCCUUCUAUGAAGCUUGUGUCCACGACUCCUGUGCAUGUGACUCUGGAGGUGACUGUGAGUGCUUCUGUACUUCUGUUGCAGCCUAUGCUGCAGCCUGCAAUGAAGCAGGAAUUUGCAUAGCAUGGAGGACCCCUGAAAUGUGCCCUCUGUUCUGCGAUUACUACAACCCUGAUGGUGAGUGUGAAUGGCAUUACAAGCCUUGUGGAGCUCCUUGUAUGAAGACCUGCCGAAAUCCUUCUGGGAACUGCAAGAAUCAGCUUCCUGGACUUGAAGGUUGUUACCCAAAAUGCCCAAAGAACCGCCCUUUCUUUGAUGAGGACGUCAUGAAAUGUGUUGCUCAGGCUAACUGUGGCUGUUAUGAUGAUGAUGGAAAGCGCUAUAGUGUUGGUGAAAUGGUACAAUCCUUCAAGAAUUGUGAAUCAUGCAUUUGCACCAAGAAAGGACGUCGUUGCCAAAUGGACCUUCGAGCCUGCAGUUGCUAUUAUGGAAAUAUGAAAUACAAUUAUGGGGAUGUAAUCUACAAUACUACUGAUGGAAUUGGAGGAUGCAUCACAGCUACCUGUUCAGCAAAUGGAACAAUUAACAGAAGUGUCUACCCAUGUGUUCCAUCAACUGUGGCCCCUACCACAACAUUUCUCUUUGACACAACCACAUCACCUGCUGUAAAUCUCACCACUACUGAACCUGUUUCAGCGACCUCUGUAUCUUGUGUUGAGGAAAUUUGCAAAUGGUCGACAUGGUACGAUGUUACUUGCCCUAGGUAUGGGGAAAAUGAGGGUGACUUUGAAACCUUUGAGAAGAUUAGAGAAAAGGGAUACUCAGUGUGUAAAGUACCAUCAGAUGUGGAGUGUCGAGCACAGAAGUUCCCUAAAAUUCCAGUCAGGGAUUUAGGUCAGAUCAUCCAGUGUAAUAAAUCAGUGGGUCUUGUGUGUCAUAACCAAGACCAAUUCUCACAGCUCUGCUUCAAUUAUGAAAUUCGGAUUCUGUGCUGUAGUUAUGUUCCUUGUGGACAGUCUUCCAUUUCUCCAACACCUGCUACCAGUAUUUAUUCAAAACCUAUAUCUAUGACCUCCAGUCAUGUAAAGACUGCUCACACUGAAACAUUGUCAUCUAAGUAUACUUUAAGCAUAACUGACAGCCCCUCUUAUAAAACAAGUGCAAUUGGAAGCAAGACAACCUCUCCAAAAACAACUGGAACAUCUACUUCAAAAUAUAGUACCAAAACCAACACUACACCAUGCAAGAAGCAAAAAUGUACUUGGACUCCAUGGUAUGAUGUACAUUUUCCCAGUAUUGCCAGUUCUGAUGGUGACUUUGAGACCUUUGAGAAUAUUAGAGCUGCUGGUAAUAGUAUAUGUCAAAAGCCUGAUAACAUUGAAUGCCGAGCUGAGCGGUUCCCUACUAAAAAUAUAGCUGAAAUUAGCCAGAUGGUUACCUGUAAUGUUACAUAUGGUCUGAUUUGCAAGAAUGAGGAUCAAGACUGGAAUUUUCCCCUGUGUUACAAUUAUCAAAUUAGGGUACUAUGUUGCUCUUUGGAAGAUUGUGGCUCAUCUACUACACAUGAUAAGAGGACAACCAGAAGUUCUGAGCAAACCUCUAAAUUUGAAAAAACUACCAUAUUUUCAACCAGAAAUAUAAUCACAUCAAGGUAUGUCACUGAUAUAGGAACCAAAACGUCAACAUCACAAAAAGAAACUUCUUCUAAAUCAACAACAGGUGCACAUAAAUCAACAACUGAGUCCUCACAUGAAGAGGAGAACACAUCUCAAAAGCCCACUUCACUAAAAACAACAAAAAUGUCCACUGCAUCAGUUAAAGUAACAUCAGCCUAUACAAGUCAUACCAAUCCCAUAACCACACAGAUGACUGUUUCACAAACUUCCAAAGUACUUACCUCAGGAGUCACUUCAUCUAAGGAAGACUGUGAACCCAUAUGUGAGUGGUCGCAAUGGUUCGAUGUUAGUUUCCCAAAUGAUGAAACAAAUGGAGACUUUGAAACUUAUGAAAACAUUCAAAAUUCUGGAUUUAGUAUCUGUGAAGAACCAUCUGAUAUCCAAUGCAGGCCUGCUGACUUUCCAGAGAUACCAAUAGAAGAUUUACAGCAAAAUGUGCAGUGCAAUGUCAGUAGUGGUCUCAUGUGUUACAGUGAGAAACAAUAUGGACCUUUUGCCUUUUGUUUCAAUUAUGAAAUUAGAAUUUUCUGCUGCUCUAAAUGUGGAUCUACAGGAUCAUCACCAUUAUACACAACUCACACAGUAUCUGUGACACCUUUUUCAUUGACUGCAUCUACCUCAUCUGAAGAAAUGGAAUCUUCAGUGACAACAACAAAGGUUCUAGGUAAGAGUACUGCAAGUUCAAUUUCUCCGAAACCAACAGGAUUCCAAAAGACAACAAAAGAAUCUUCACAGGAAGCAGAAACUACAUCUCAAAAGCCAAUCUCUAUAAAAAUGACAGAAUCUGCUGCAACAAGUAGGAAGUUAACAACACCAACUAAAUUAAGUACAACUAAGCCAAUAAUUGCCACUGUUUCUUCAGACUCAACAAAAGGUUUUCACAAAUCAACAACUGAUUCAUCAAGUGAAGAAGAGACCACAUCUCACAAGCCCACUUCCCUGAAAACCACCAGGGUGUCCAUUUCUUCUGGGAAAGUCACCUCAACCAAGGCAACCACACCUCUUAAGAAGAGCACAACUGCAGCAGCUUCUUCUAAAUCAACAGCGGGUUUUCACAAAUCAACAACUGAUUCAUCAAGUGAAGAAGAUACCACAUCUCACAAACCCACUUCACUGAAAACCACCCGGGUGUCCACUGCUUCUGGGAAAGUCACCUCAACCAAGGCAACCACACCUCUUAAGAAGAGCACCACUGGAGCAGCUUCUUCUAAAUCAACAGCAGGUUUUCACAAAUCAACAACUGAUUCAUCAAGUGAAGAGGAAACCACAUCUCACAAGCCCACUUCACUGAAAACCACCAGGGUGUCCACUGCUUCUGGGAAAGUCACCUCAACCAAGGCAACCACACCUCUUAAGAAGAGCACAACUGCAGCAGCUUCUUCUAAAUCAACAGUGGGUUUUCACAAAUCAACAACUGAUUCAUCAAGUGAAGAAGAUACCACAUCUCACAAACCCACUUCACUGAAAACCACCCGGGUGUCCACUGCUUCUGGGAAAGUCACCUCAACCAAGGCAACCACACCUCUUAAGAAGAGCACCACUGGAGCAGCUUCUUCUAAAUCAACAGCAGGUUUUCACAAAUCAACAACUGAUUCAUCAAGUGAAGAGGAAACCACAUCUCACAAACCCACUUCACUGAAAACCACCAGGGUGUCCACUGCUUCUGGGAAAGUCACCUCAACCAAGGAGACCACACCUUUUAAGAAAAGCACCACUGGAGCAGCUUCUUCUAAAUCAACAGCAGGUUUUCACAAAUCAACAACUGAUUCAUCAAGUGAAGAAGAUACCACAUCUCACAAACCCACUUCACUGAAAACCACCAGGGUGUCCACUGCUUCUGGGAAAGUCACCUCAACCAAGGCAACCACACCUCUUAAGAAGAGCACCACUGGAGCAGCUUCUUCUAAAUCAACAGCAGGUUUUCACAAAUCAACAACUGAUUCAUCAAGUGAAGAGGAAACCACAUCUCACAAGCCCACUUCCCUGAAAACCACCAGGGUGUCCACUGCUUCUGGGAAAGUCACCUCAACCAAGGCAACCACACCUCUUAAGAAGAGCACCACUGGAGCAGCUUCUUCUAAAUCAACAGCAGGUUUUCACAAAUCAACAACUGAUUCAUCAAGUGAAGAAGAGACCACAUCUCACAAACCCACUUCACUGAAAACCACCAGGGUGUCCACUGCUUCUGGGAAAGUCACCUCAACCAAGGCAACCACACCUCUAAAAAAGAGCACCACUGGAGCAGCUUCUUCUAAAUCAACAGCAGGUUUUCACAAAUCAACAACUGAUUCAUCAAGUGAAGAAGAGACCACAUCUCACAAACCCAUUUCAGUGAAAACCACCAGGGUGUCCACUGCUUCUGGGAAAGUCACCUCAACCAAGGCAACCACACCUCUUAAAAAGAGCACCACUGGAGCAGCUUCUUCUAAAUCAACAGCAGGUUUUCACAAAUCAACAACUGAUUCAUCAAGUGAAGAGGAAACCACGUCUCACAAGCCCACUUCCCUGAAAACCACCAGGGUGUCCACUGCUUCUGGGAAAGUCACCUCAACCAAGGGAACCACACCUCUUAAGAAAAGCACCACUGGAGCAGCUUCUUCUAAAUCAACAGCAGGUUUUCACAAAUCAACAACUGAUUCAUCAAGUGAAGAGGAAACCACAUCUCACAAACCCACUUCACUGAAAACCACCAGGGUGUCCACUGCUUCUGGGAAAGCCACCUUAACCAAGGGAACCACACCUCUUAAGAAAAGCACCACUCGAGCAGCAUCUUCUAAAUCAACAGCAGGUUUUCACAAAUCAACAAUUGAUUCAUCAAGUGAAGAAGAUAGCACAUCUCACAAACCCACUUCACUGAAAACCACCAGGGUGUCCACUGCUUCUGGGAAAGUCACCUCAACCAAGGCAACCACACCUCUUAAGAAAAGCACCACUGCAGCAGCUUCUUCUAAAUCAACAGCAGGUUUUCACAAAUCAACAACUGAUUCAUCAAGUGAAGAAGAGACCACAUCUCACAAACCCAUUUCAGUGAAAACCACCAGGGUGUCCACUGCUUCUGGGAAAGUCACCUCAAACAAGGCAACCACACCUCUUAAGAAGAGCACCACUGGAGCAGCUUCUUCUAAAUCAACAGCAGGUUUUCACAAAUCAACAACUGAUUCAUCAAGUGAAGAGGAAAGCACAUCUCACAAACCCACUUCACUGAAAACCACCAGGGUGUCCACUGCUUCUGGGAAAGUCACCUCAACCAAGGGAACCACACCUCUUAAAAAAAGCACCACUGGAGCAGCAUCUUCUAAAUCAACAGCAGGUUUUCACAAAUCAACAACUGAUUCAUCAAGUGAAGAAGAGACCACAUCUCACAAACCCACUUCACUGAAAACCACCAGGGUGUCCACUGCUUCUGGGAAAGUCACCUCAACCAAGGCAACCACACCUCUUAAGAAGAGCACCACUGGAGCAGCUUCUUCUAAAUCAACAGCAGGUUUUCACAAAUCAACAACUGAUUCAUCAAGUGAAGAAGAGAACACAUCUCACAAACCCACUUCACUGAAAACCACCAGGGUGUCCACUGCUUCUGGGAAAGUCACCUCAACCAAGGCAACCACACCUCUUAAAAAGAGCACCACUGGAGCAGCUUCUUCUAAAUCAACAGCAGGUUUUCACAAAUCAACAACUGAUUCAUCAAGUGAAGAAGAGAACACAUCUCACAAACCCACUUCACUGAAAACCACCAGGGUGUCCACUGCUUCUGGGAAAGUCACCUCAACCAAGGCAACCACACCUCUUAAAAAGAGCACCACUGGAGCAGCUUCUUCUAAAUCAACAGCAGGUUUUCACAAAUCAACAACUGAUUCAUCAAGUGAAGAGGAAACCACAUCUCACAAACCCACUUCACUGAAAACCACCAGGGUGUCCACUGCUUCUGGGAAAGUCACCUCAACCAAGGGAACCACACCUCUUAAGAAAAGCACCACUGGAGCAGCAUCUUCUAAAUCAACAGCAGGUUUUCACAAAUCAACAACUGAUUCAUCAAGUGAAGAAGAUACCACAUCUCACAAACCCACUUCACUGAAAACCACCAGGGUGUCCACUGCUUCUGGGAAAGUCACCUCAACCAAGGCAACCACACCUCUUAAGAAGAGCACCACUGGAGCAGCUUCUUCUAAAUCAACAGCAGGUUUUCACAAAUCAACAACUGAUUCAUCAAGUGAAGAGGAAACCACAUCUCACAAGCCCACUUCCCUGAAAACCACAAGGAUGUCCACUGCUUCUGGGAAAGUCACCUCAACCAAGGCAACCACACCUCUUAAAAAGAGCACCACUGGAGCAGCUUCUUCUAAAUCAACAGCAGGUUUUCACAAAUCAACAACUGAUUCAUCAAGUGAAGAGGAAACCACAUCUCACAAACCCACUUCCCUGAAAACCACCAGGGUGUCCACUGCUUCUGGGAAAGUCACCUCAACCAAGGCAACCACACCUCUUAAGAAGAGCACCACUGGAGCAGCUUCUUCUAAAUCAACAGCAGGUUUUCACAAAUCAACAACUGAUUCAUCAAGUGAAGAGGAAACCACAUCUCACAAACCCACUUCACUGAAAACCACCAGGGUGUCCACUGCUUCUGGGAAAGUCACCUCAACCAAGGGAACCACACCUCUUAAGAAAAGCACCACUGGAGCAGCAUCUUCUAAAUCAACAGCAGGUUUUCACAAAUCAACAACUGAUUCAUCAAGUGAAGAAGAUACCACAUCUCACAAACCCACUUCACUGAAAACCACCAGGGUGUCCACUGCUUCUGGGAAAGUCACCUCAACCAAGGCAACCACACCUCUUAAGAAGAGCACCACUGGAGCAGCUUCUUCUAAAUCAACAGCAGGUUUUCACAAAUCAACAACUGAUUCAUCAAGUGAAGAGGAAACCACAUCUCACAAACCCACUUCACUGAAAACCACCAGGGUGUCCACUGCUUCUGGGAAAGUCACCUCAACCAAGGCAACCACACCUCUUAAGAAGAGCACCACUGGAGCAGCUUCUUCUAAAUCAACAGCAGGUUUUCACAAAUCAACAACUGAUUCAUCAAGUGAAGAAGAUACCACAUCUCACAAACCCACUUCACUGAAAACCACCAGGGUGUCCACUGCUUCUGGGAAAGUCACCUCAACCAAGGCAACCACACCUCUUAAGAAGAGCACCACUGGAGCAGCUUCUUCUAAAUCAACAGCAGGUUUUCACAAAUCAACAACUGAUUCAUCAAGUGAAGAGGAAACCACAUCUCACAAACCCACUUCACUGAAAACCACCAGGGUGUCCACUGCUUCUGGGAAAGUCACCUCAACCAAGGCAACCACACCUCUUAAAAAGAGCACCACUGGAGCAGCUUCUUCUAAAUCAACAGCAGGUUUUCACAAAUCAACAACUGAUUCAUCAAGUGAAGAGGAAACCACAUCUCACAAACCCACUUCACUGAAAACCACCAGGGUGUCCACUGCUUCUGGGAAAGUCACCUCAACCAAGGCAACCACACCUCUUAAAAAGAGCACCACUGGAGCAGCUUCUUCUAAAUCAACAGCAGGUUUUCACAAAUCAACAACUGAUUCAUCAAGUGAAGAGGAAACCACAUCUCACAAGCCCACUUCCCUGAAAACCACCAGGAUGUCCACUGCUUCUGGGAAAGUCACCUCAACCAAGGCAACCACACCUCUUAAAAAGAGCACCACUGGAGCAGCUUCUUCUAAAUCAACAGCAGGUUUUCACAAAUCAACAACUGAUUCAUCAAGUGAAGAAGAUACCACAUCUCACAAACCCACUUCACUGAAAACCACCAGGGUGUCCACUGCUUCUGGGAAAGUCACCUCAACCAAGGCAACCACACCUCUUAAGAAGAGCACCACUGGAGCAGCUUCUUCUAAAUCAACAGCAGGUUUUCACAAAUCAACAACUGAUUCAUCAAGUGAAGAGGAAACCACAUCUCACAAGCCCACUUCCCUGAAAACCACAAGGAUGUCCACUGCUUCUGGGAAAGUCACCUCAACCAAGGCAACCACACCUCUUAAAAAGAGCACUACUGGAGCAGCUUCUUCUAAAUCAACAGCAGGUUUUCACAAAUCAACAACUGAUUCAUCAAGUGAAGAAGAGACCACAUCUCACAAACCCAUUUCAGUGAAAACCACCAGGGUGUCCACUGCUUCUGGGAAAGUCACCUCAAACAAGGCAACCACACCUCUUAAAAAGAGCACCACUGGAGCAGCUUCUUCUAAAUCAACAGCAGGUUUUCACAAAUCAACAACUGAUUCAUCAAGUGAAGAGGAAACCACGUCUCACAAGCCCAAUUCCCUGAAAACCACCAGGGUGUCCACUGCUUCUGGGAAAGUCACCUCAACCAAGGGAACCACACCUCUUAAGAAAAGCACCACUGGAGCAGCUUCUUCUAAAACAACAGCAGGUUUUCACAAAUCAACAACUGAUUCAUCAAGUGAAGAGGGAACCACAUCUCAUAAACCCACUUCACUGAAAACCACCCGGGUGUCCACUGCUUCUGGGAAAGUCACCUCAACCAAGGCAACCACACCUCUUAAGAAGAGCACCACUGCAGCAGCUUCUUCUAAAUCAACAGCAGGUUUUCACAAAUCAACAACUGAUUCAUCAAGUGAAGAGGAAACCACAUCUCACAAACCCACUUCACUGAAAACCACCAAGGUGUCCACUGCUUCUGGGAAAGUCACCUCAACCAAGGGAACCACACCUCUUAAGAAGAGCACCACUGCAGCAGCUUCUUCUAAAUCAACAGCAGGUUUUCACAAAUCAACAACUGAUUCAUCAAGUGAAGAGGAAACCACAUCUCACAAACCCACUUCACUGAAAACCACCAAGGUGUCCACUGCUUCUGGGAAAGUCACCUCAAUCAAGGCAACCACACCUCUUAAAAAGAGCACAACUGGAGCAGCUUCUUCUAAAUCAACAGCAGGUUUUCACAAAUCAACAACUGAUUCAUCAAGUGAAGAGGAAACCACAUCUCACAAGCCCACUUCCCUGAAAACCACCAGGUUGUCCACUGCUUCUGGGAAAGUCACCUCAACCAAGGGAACCACACCUCUUAAAAAGAGCACCACUGGAGCAGCUUCUUCUAAAUCAACAGCAGGUUUUCACAAAUCAACAACUGAUUCAUCAAGUGAAGAGGGAACCACAUCUCAUAAACCCACUUCACUGAAAACCACCCGGGUGUCCACUGCUUCUGGGAAAGUCACCUCAACCAAGGCAACCACACCUCUUAAGAAGAGCACCACUGCAGCAGCUUCUUCUAAAUCAACAGCAGGUUUUCACAAAUCAACAACUGAUUCAUCAAGUGAAGAGGAAACCACAUCUCACAAACCCACUUCACUGAAAACCACCAAGGUGUCCACUGCUUCUGGGAAAGUCACCUCAACCAAGGGAACCACACCUCUUAAGAAAAGCACCACUGGGGCAGCAUCUUCUAAAUCAACAGCAGGUUUUCACAAAUCAACAACUGAUUCAUCAAGUGAAGAAGAUACCACAUCUCACAAACCCACUUCACUGAAAACCACCAGGGUGUCCACUGCUUCUGGGAAAGUCACCUCAACCAAGGCAACCACACCUCUUAAGAAGAGCACCACUGGAGCAGCUUCUUCUAAAUCAACAGCAGGUUUUCACAAAUCAACAACUGAUUCAUCAAGUGAAGAGGAAACCACAUCUCACAAGCCCACUUCCCUGAAAACCACAAGGAUGUCCACUGCUUCUGGGAAAGUCACCUCAACCAAGGCAACCACACCUCUUAAAAAGAGCACUACUGGAGCAGCUUCUUCUAAAUCAACAGCAGGUUUUCACAAAUCAACAACUGAUUCAUCAAGUGAAGAAGAGACCACAUCUCACAAACCCAUUUCAGUGAAAACCACCAUGGUGUCCACUGCUUCUGGGAAAGUCACCUCAAACAAGGCAACCACACCUCUUAAAAAGAGCACCACUGGAGCAGCUUCUUCUAAAUCAACAGCAGGUUUUCACAAAUCAACAACUGAUUCAUCAAGUGAAGAGGAAACCACGUCUCACAAGCCCAAUUCCCUGAAAACCACCAGGGUGUCCACUGCUUCUGGGAAAGUCACCUCAACCAAGGGAACCACACCUCUUAAGAAAAGCACCACUGGAGCAGCUUCUUCUAAAACAACAGCAGGUUUUCACAAAUCAACAACUGAUUCAUCAAGUGAAGAGGGAACCACAUCUCAUAAACCCACUUCACUGAAAACCACCCGGGUGUCCACUGCUUCUGGGAAAGUCACCUCAACCAAGGCAACCACACCUCUUAAGAAGAGCACCACUGCAGCAGCUUCUUCUAAAUCAACAGCAGGUUUUCACAAAUCAACAACUGAUUCAUCAAGUGAAGAGGAAACCACAUCUCACAAACCCACUUCACUGAAAACCACCAAGGUGUCCACUGCUUCUGGGAAAGUCACCUCAACCAAGGGAACCACACCUCUUAAGAAAAGCACUACUGGAGCAGCUUCUUCUAAAUCAACAGCAGGCUUUCACAAAUCAACAACUGAUUCAUUAAGUGAAGAGGAAACCACAUCUCACAAGCCCACUUCCCUGAAAACCACCAGGGUGUACACUGCUUCUGGGAAAGUCACCUCAACCAAGGCAACCACACCUCUUAAGAAGAGCACCACUGGAGCAACUGUUACUUCUACAAGUAGGGAAAUCAGUUCUGGCCUUCCCAGCAAAACAACCAAAAGCACUCCUUCAUCAACAUCUGAGAAAGUGGGCACCUCUUCAGAACCAAGAACAACAACAGAGAAAACAUUUUUUACCACCAAAUGCAUGUGCAAUGUUAAUGGGGUGUUUGUACCACCUGGCCAAAUAAUAUAUAACACUACUGAUAAUGGAGGAUGGUGUUUUUAUGCCCACUGCAAUGAUAGUUGCCACGUUGAGAGGUACAGCAAAGAAUGCUAUAGUUCCACUGCACCAACUAUCACAAGCAGUACCAAGACAGCAAAGACUGUCACAGCCAGUACUGUUACUGCAACUUCGAAAAUGACAAGCAGAACUACAAUGAAUGUGAAGAGCACAAAAACUUUAUAUACACAGACCUCAACUCCAGCCAGUAGCACACGCUUUUAUGAAUGUGGUGCUUUAAUGCCUCCAAGAAAGAUAAAUGAAACAUGGAUGAUAGACAAAUGCACAGUGGCAACUUGCACAGGUGGAAACAAUAUUGCUAUUAUGAAGACAAAGUGCCCACCCAUUAAGGAAGUAGUUUGUGCCAACCGCAUGGCACCAAAGAAAACCUUUGAUGAGAGUGGUUGCUGCUAUCAGAAACAAUGUGAAUGUGUCUGUGGUGGAUGGGGAACAUCACAUUACAUCACAUUUGAUGGAACCUACUAUGACUUUACUGGGCAGUGCACAUACGUUCUGGUUCAGCAAAUUACACCACGCUUCGAUCAUUUCCGGGUUUACAUAGACAAUUUCUCAUGUAUCCCAAAAGACCCCACCUGUGUUAAAAGUCUUCGUAUUAUGUACAAUAAUGAUAAUAUAUUGUUAACAUCCCAAGAGGUGAACAAACAGCCAGUGGGCAAGGUAUAUUUCAAUGAUCAGCGAGUUUAUCCUGCACUGACCAGAAAUGGCAUUCAAAUCACCAACAGUGGCAUAUAUUUGAUUGUUGAGAUACCAGAGUUGGGCGUGUACAUCUCUUUUAAUGUUAUCAGUUUUACAAUAAAGCUACCAUUGAACAAGUUUUCAGACAACACUGAAGGUCAUUGUGGGAAAUGUUCCAAUAAUCGCAUUGAUGACUGUAUCCUGCCAAAUGGACAGUUGGCUCCAUCAUGUACUCAGAUGGCAGGACAAUGGGGUGUCCCAAGUCAGGAUUCUUCUUCUUGCAGUGCUCCAUCUACCAGUGCCCCUGCAACAACCAGACCAACAAUCCCAUCAUCUACCCGAGCAUCUUCAUAUUUCUCCACUCUACUCUCCACUUUACCUCAAACAUUCUCAUCACGUAUUCCAUCUACUGAAUUGUCCCAUUUACCAUCUACAUAUAGCGCUCUAUCAUCCACAUUCACUUCAACCUCUGUUCUACCAUCUACAUUCACUUCAACUGUUCGUCCAACUGACGAGAAGCCAUGUAACCCUCCAGACCUCUGUAGAAUUAUCCUAAGCAGUGUCUUUGAACCAUGCCACAAUAUUGUGCCACCAGAAGCAUUCUACCAGUCCUGUGUUAGUGAUGGCUGCAACAAUCCUGAGGGAACACUUCUAUGUUCCAGUUUGCAGACUUAUGCAUUGUUCUGUUCUCUAGAGGGUGUCUGUGUGGACUGGAGAGACAGCACCAACGGUACCUGCUCUACAAAUUGCUCUUCAGAAAUGGUCUAUAAGGCAUGUGCAUCUCCAGUGGAACCGACUUGCAAUUCCAAGUAUAAUCAAGUGUUUGUUGAAAAUGGGGAGCAAAGUUAUGUUGAAGGCUGUUUCUGUCCAGAGGGCACUACAAGAUUCAGCUCUACCUCCAAUAAAUGUGUCUCUAGCUGUGGAUGCACUGGCCCUGAUGGAAUGCCUAGAGAGCCUGGAGAUAUUUGGGACAGUAAUUGUCAGACAUGUGUUUGUGAUAAUACCACUAUGACUGUGAUGUGUGCAGCAAAAUCUUGCAUCCUCCCAACCCCUGAAGUCUGCUCUGAAGAAGGCUCUAUGUCUGUGACUAUGCCUGAUCCUGAAAACCCCUGCUGCCAGACCACAGAGUGCAGAUGUAACAUCAGCCUCUGCACCAUUGACCAUGAGACUUGCAAGCCUGGAUAUGAACUUGUAACAGAGAUUGUCGAAGGAAAAUGCUGCCCUGUACAACACUGUGCGCCUAAAAAUGUCUGUGUAUAUAACAACACUGAGUACCAGCCGGGAAGUAUUAUUUCUGAGCCGACCAAUUGUGAAACCUGUACUUGCAGCAUGGAAAUGGACCAGACCUCCCCAGGUCCACAUCCUGUUUCCUGCACUCCAAUUCUUUGUGCUUUACACUGUACAGAGGGCUAUGAAUAUCAGAAUGUCCCAGGUCAGUGUUGCGGAAAGUGUGUCCAGACUCACUGUAUAAUGCAACUGCCUGAUAACUCUACAUACCUGCUGCAGCCUGGAGAGAUUAUGCCCCUUCCUGGAGACAACUGCACUAACUAUGAGUGUGUAAAGAUAAUGGACAAUUUGAUGCCCGUGGCCUCAAAAAUAUCUUGUCCAAGAAUCAACAUUGAUGACUGUCAGUCGGGGACAAUUCAAAAGGAUGCCAGGGGUUGUUGUCUAACCUGUAUCCAGGAGCCUAAGAAAUGCCAGAUAAAACAGACAAAGAAAAUUAUUCUUGAGAAUGGCUGCACAUCUCUCUCCCCUGUUGUGACGUCCUACUGCCAAGGCAGCUGUGACAGUUACUCAAUGUAUUCUCAGCAAACACGGACCCUGCAGAGAACGUGUACUUGCUGUCAAGAGAGAGAAACAGAAAAUGUAACAAUCACUUUAAAAUGCCCCACUGGUAAGCAACGAAAAUAUUCAUACAUUAAUGUCAAGAGCUGCGGCUGUCAUAAAACACACUGCAAGGAGACCUAUACUCGGAAGAAUCAUUCACAGGAAGAGAAUUCAGAAGAGUUAAACACAUUAGAAUCAAGAGAACAUGAAAGUGAAGAAAAUAAAAGAAACAAAAGUCGUGUUACCGGAAAGUCAGAUAAAAGGGGGUCAAAAGAAAGUGGAAGUGAAGAAAAUGACAAAAACAAAAAUAAAAAAUAUGUUAAUGGAAAGUCAGAUAAGAGGGAAUCUAAAGAAAGUGGAGAAAGUACAGAAAAUAACAAAAACAAAGAUAAAACUCAGAGUACUAGAAAACGAAAUAACUCAAAUUCAAGAGAAAAUAGUUCAGAAUCAGAGUCUAAUGAAAAAAUGAAGGAGAAGAAUUCUAAAGGAUUACUGAAAGAAGUUGACAUUAAACCUCCACGGAGGUCCGUAACAGUAUCCAUUCCAUUGAAAAUUAGCAAAGUACCACAAACCACACGAAAACCAGUAAAGUCUACAAAGAUGUCCAAAGAUACAAACCAGGGUGGAAAAAAAACACCAAAACCUUGAAGAUAAUUAUUAAGGAAUAGUGCAAUGCACAUUUGUUUCCAAUCAAUUCUGGAUGAAUGUCAAUGUCUUUUAAUUAACGGUGUCCUGGGGUAUAUUCUAUUUAAAACAUGUAUCUAUUAAAUACUGAGCAAUGA